GUAAUUCUGAGCGUGUGUAUGAACCUUUGUGUGUGUGUGCACGUGUGUGGAAGUGUAGAAGUGUGUAUGGCAUUGAACGUUCCACUGCCUUCCAUGGGUACAGUAUAUUAGUCACUGUUUGGCUGCCUCUCUUCCACAAACCCGUCUGCAACUCCAGUCUGCCUGACAGCUGAGCGUCUGUUGCUACCCACUACCAUUCCAGUUUCCAACGCAAAGUUCGUCCGUGAUCCACAUGUUCCAUCUCUCGCACAGCCUUCUUUCUUCAUGUUUAUAUGGCUUAUGUGACAGUCUCGUGCAUCUCCUCACCGACUUCUGUUUCGAGGACAAUUUGAAGGAAGUCUCAGUAGACGACACCGUUUCUUCAAGACAUUUCAUCAUGGGUCUUAAUGGCCUUUGAAUCCUUCGUUGCAUCUUAUAAGAAUCUUUACAAGACAUCAGAGCAAACGGAAGACUGAUCCCUCAAAAAAAGAGGAUUUUACAUUUAUUUUGUCGUGGUUCGAGAGGAGAAGUUUAAAAUGAAGCGAAGGGCUUCGUCCUUUGAGGAAGAAGAUGACUAUAGUUGGACUAAUGCUAACUUUCCUUUCGGAGAAGAUGGCCUGUUGGAGGAGUCGUCUUCCUCCGAACACCAAGACGACUCGUCAGAGUGCUACGACUCUGAAGAAGACGACAGGGCGGUGCGAGCUUUCCAGCAGGUCCUCUACAUUGAUCCUGGGUUCAGCCGAGCCAAUGAGGUACAUCUGCGCCUGGGUCACAUGUUCAAAGUGAACUCGGACUUUGAUUCAAGUCUCAAGCAUUACCAGUUGGCUUUGAUCGACAAUAGCCCCUGCACCCUCUCCAAACCUCAAAUUAAAUUUCAUAUAGCACACUUGAAUGAGGUGCAGCAGAACAAACACAAGAACGCCAAGGAAUCGUACGAAGCCAUCCUGCUUCAGGACCCUCUACCAGAAGGCCUGAAAGCGACAACAUUCAGACAACUCGGUUGGCUGUACCACAGCUCAGACCAGCUUGGUGACAAGACCUCCAGGGAAACCCUGGCCAUCCAGAACCUCCUCAAGUCCCUUGAAGUUGAGCCCAACAGCGGCCAGUCCUGGUACCUCCUGGGCCGCUGCUACUCCAACAUUGGCAAGGUGCAUGAUGCCUUUGUCUCCUAUCGCCACUCCAUAGACAAGUCAGAGGCCAAUGCAGACACCUGGUGCUCAAUAGGUGUCUUAUACCAGCAGCAGAACCAGCCUAUGGAUGCACUGCAGGCCUACAUCUGUGCCGUGCAGCUAGACAAGUCCCACACUGCAGCGUGGACCGAUCUGGGCAUCCUAUACGAGGCCUGCAAUCAACCCAGGGAUGCCCUGACGUGUUACAUCAACGCUUCCAAGAGCUCCAAGGUAGCAGUGGCAGCAGCACUCUCCAAGCGGAUUAAACUCCUGCAGGCUCAGGUCAACAGCAUGCAUCAUCCUAAUAUGCAAAACAAAAGUAAGACACUGCCUAGUAUAGAGGAGGCAUGGAGUCUUCCUAUUCCAGCUGAGCUUACCUCUAGACAAGGCAACCUUGCCAUUCAACAGGCCCGUUUGCUGCAUCCUGCUGGAGGCACCAAAAUGAUGCCCCCUCCCCCGUACCCGGGUCACGGUGCAAACAGCCAGUUCGGUGCCACCCUUCCUGGCACCGCUGGCCAACCCAACAGCACCCCAUCCUCUCAAGCUCAGGUCAACGCCCAGCCAGGCAACCCAAGCAAGCGCAGGAAAAACUCAAACAGCAAGAAAAAACCUCGGUCUUCCACCUCCGUCGCUGAACUGCUGCAACAACAACAACUGCAGCAGCAGCAACGAGAGCAGCAACAGCAACAGCAGCAAGCAGGCAGCCUGGCGACACCUCAGCAACCACAGCCAUUGCAGUCGACGGGUCAAGGAACCCUUCCCGGCCUGCCCAACAGCGCCAGGAGCACACCCGAACCAAUACGGGAUGGCAGCAGUGGGAUGCAACAGCCACAGCCUUCGGUGAACCAGCAGCAGCAGCAGCAGCAGCAGGUCUCGACACCCUCGUUCUACCUGACAGCACAGCAGAUCCAAUUGAUGCAUCAGCUGCAGCAGAACCAGGGAAGCCUCACCCCGGAGCAGCAGAUAGUCCUGCAGCAGUUCCAACAUAAUUUCUGGAUGAUGCAGCAACAUCAGCAGCAGAUGCUGAAGAUCCAACAGAUCCAGAGGCAUCAGCUACCGCUCUCGCAAUCCCCCUCGCUCCCCCACCAGGGUGGUCCACCCGCUGGCACACCCACCUCAACCAUGCUGCAUGGGCUCACACCAGGGGAUCCCCACAUCACCACAGCAGCCCAAUCCGUCAGUAGCCUUAUCAACCAGACUAGUAUCAACACCUUGCCGGGCUCAGUGAAUUCCAUGGGAAACGGUAUCCCAAACAUGACGACACAGCCCGGAAAUGCCUCGAGCACAGUUGCCAGUUUGUUGCAGCAGCAUCAGCAACAGCAGCAGCAACACGGUGGUAGCCAGGGGCUUAAUGCGCUUGCCCAACAGCACCAGGAUGUGAACGUCCUGCAGUCCGUCUCGCCAGACUUUUUCCAUUUGCAGAAAUCGCAGCAACCUCAGGAGAUGUCCCAUGGUCUGUUCAAUAACCAGCUCCUCGGCAGCCCCAUGCAUUCAGGGACAUCACAGGUAUCUUUAUCAGGAGUGUCCUCUCCACUGCAUACCCCUAAGGGGUUACUUUCCCCUGUGUCCUCAAAUUCAAUGAGCCCUCGUCAUGUGGGGAGUUCCCCUGCCUCGCAGAACAUGCUGGAUUUUCCUGCUCCAAAUGUGGUCGCCCCUCAGAACCUUGACAUGAGCCACAAACUCAAGGAGUUUAAAUCCAGAACUGGUGCAUCGGAAAUGAGACCGAACCUCAUGUCGCCGCAGGAAAUUGCUGACAACAUGCUCGCGCAGCUCUCGCAGGGAGAUCCUGCCAACAAGCCUGCGACCUCUUCCGCGUACGGGUCAUCCCCGACAAAUCGGACUGCUCAUUCUUUACCGAGCCAUGCUCAAAACAGGACAAACCUAGACAUGCCUUGUGGCGUGAGUAGUGCUGCGAGUGGGUUGCCAACAAGUGUGGACGGCACGAAAGACAAUGUGUUUAAGACGCCGCUUCCUGUUUCCACGCCAAACCAGUUUCAAGCAUCAUUCCAGUCGGCUCUCGCUGAGAAGCAAGCGGCCGGGACAACAAAUAGCACGUCCUUGUUGGAUGGACUUCGGUGUUCAUCAGAGCUUUCCAGUGAUCUUCAAGACACACAGGGUAACAGGCAACGAGUCGAGGAUGGAGAGGUUCUGCAACAGAACCAUGUCUCUGACAACCACUUUGAUCAGGUCCUAAAUGUGAACACUUCUCUCAACUCUGCCACCGUCAAGUCCCUGACGUCCGCCCCAUCUCCGUCAUCCCUCUCCAUUUACGUCAACUCCGCCAAGAUCCUGGAGGAGUGCCGCAAGCUGAAGGGGCGCAACGGCCUGGCCAACAGCAGCAUCUGGAUGGAGAAGAUGCCCCCUCCAGCCCCGCCCCAGAUCCCGUAUCCACCCCUCCCCAAGGAUCAACUGAACCCGCCCACUCCUAGUGUUUAUGUCCAAAACAAGACCGAGGCCUACUCCCAAGCCCUUGCAGACUAUUGCAUGUCCGCAGAUCAGCCCAUCACGGUCAUCCGGGGACUGGCCGCCGCACUCAAGCUGGACUUGGGUCUCUUCUCCACCAAGACGCUGGUGGAGACGCACGGCGACCAUCCUGUAGAGGUCAGGUCACAGAGGCAGCAGCCUCCCGAUGAGAACUGGGAUGCACUAGGUCUGAAGAGGGUUUGGCGAUGUGAGAGCAGUCGGUCCUUCACCACCAUCUCCAAGUAUGCCCAAUACCAGGCUUCCUCCUUCCAGGAAUCACUCAGGGAAGAGGCAGAGAAGAACCAGAAAUACAAUUCAGAUAGCGACUCAUCGAGUACAUCAAAAAAAAAAAAGAAGCAUUCUGGUGGGAGAGAAUUCAAAAUGCUCAAGUUCGGGACCAACGUGGAUCUGUCUGACGAGAGGAAAUGGAAGAAACAGCUCCAGGAGCUGACCAAACUCCCAUCCUUCACGAGAGUGGUAUCAGCAGGAAAUAUGCUGAGCCACAUAGACUUCACCAUCCUAGGCAUGAACACCGUACAACUCUACAUGAAGGUACCAGGGAGUAGAACACCAGGUCACCAAGAGAAUAACAACUUCUGUUCAGUCAACGUAAACAUUGGACCAGGAGACUGCGAAUGGUUUGCCACGCCCGCCUCUUACUGGGGCUCCAUCUACAACCUCUGUGAAAGGGCUAACAUCAAUUUCUUGAAGGGCUCGUGGUGGCCUGUCCUAGAGGAUUUGUACGAAGAGGACAUCCCUGUGUACCGGUUCAUCCAGAGACCCGGUGACCUGGUCUGGGUCAACUCAGGGACAGUCCAUUGGGUCCAGGCAGUGGGCUGGUGCAAUAACAUCGCAUGGAAUGUCGGCCCGCUUAUGACGCACCAGUACCGGAUGGCUGUGGAGCGGUACGAGUGGAACAAGCUCCAACAAUACAAGUCCAUUGUUCCCAUGAUCCAUCUCACAUGGAAUAUAGCCCGCAACGUCCGCGUCUCGGAGCCGCGCUACUUCGAGAUGGUCAAGUAUUGCCUGCUCAGGUCACUCAAGUACAUCCAGAUGACCAAGGAGUAUCUGAAGGACAUGGGUAUCGAGGUCCACUGGCACGGCAGGGCCAAGAACGAGGCGGCCCAUUACUGCACCAACUGUGAGGUUGAGGUGUUUGACAUUCUGUUCACUACGGAGAAAGACAAGAAGUAUGAGGUGCACUGCCAGGACUGCGCUCGCAAGGCCAGUCCAACUCUAGAGGGCUUCGUCAUCUUAGAGCAAUACAAACAAAGCGAGCUCAUGGAAAUCUACGACAACCUUCAACUCCAAGACAAGGAGGAAUCUGAGUCUCAGAGAUCAUGACAACUAAUGGAGCAGCUUGGGAGCUGCCCAACCCAUCCGGAGCGCUAGGUCUCCAUGGCAACGGGAGACGGCCCACGGGAGGGCAUCUUACGAUGGAGGAGAGGAGAGGAGAAAUCACUCAACAUGCUGCCAGACACCCUGUGUUCUUUGAAUCACCCAACCCAACUCCAAUUUCUGUUCCCUUUUCUCCGGACCCAGGAGUGUAAUCAUUGAGGGUCCAUCUUUAGAAUAGAGCAUCCCAUCCCGGUCCGAGCUUUGUGUAGUCUCUACUUCAAUCUUCAGGCAUCGUCUUCUGUGUCGGAUGCUGUCGACGAUGAUGGAAUCGUGUGAAUGUUCAAACAAUGCCUACUCCAUGAUAUCAACCUUCUUUGAACCAUCAUGAAUUCAUAUGAAUGAAUAUUUGUGAGGUCUGAUGACACCCCCCCCCCCCCAAUCAACAUUUGGCCAAGACCUGUAAUAAUAUAGUUCUUCUUUUAUACAAUCUUUUUACUCAAUUGUCGGUAAUGACAAACUGUACACUCGCGUCUGCCAUCAGUGAAGGCAUGUUCUGUACUUACUAAUGUGUGGUCGUAAGUUUUGUGUUUCCAUGACAAGUAACGUGGACAGCUCACCUCUCUUUUAUCAAUGGUUUGAUCUAUGCAAGAUGAUGCUAUGUCUAAUGGUAGAUUCUUUAAUGUUGUACUGUUGUGGGGCAAGUUAACUUUUAGUCCGGGUUCUUAUGGAUACUGACACUCAUUAGAUUCUAAUACAUCUAGUAUUGUACUCUCUUUGAAGGAGGUGUUGGAAAUACUACAUAGAGGUACAGUUUAACACUAAUCAUCUUUAUUGUUAUUAUUAUUCUCAAGUUUUUAUUUUUUACGUGUGAAAAGCAGAAAAAGAAAGAAAGAAAAAGACAAAAAUUAUUUGUUCUUCUUUGUUUGCUAGUUGAAAUUACAAAAAGCAUGGAGAACGGUAUUGUUGUGAUUACAUUCAAAUAUAAUUAUCAUAUUGAUAUAUAGUUUUCUUGGUUUUCAAAUGAUUAAGAUUUAUUCUUUUGUCUUAGCUCUAAAAUGUUAAACUGUACCUCUCAUGAAAUCUCUUUGCAUCAUGCUGCAACUCCAGAUGAUAAAGUUUACUGGUACAUGUAUGUUUAAUAGGGGACAGAAUGCUUGCCCCUUCUGUAGUAACUGUAAUGUCAGACACCAUUCAAGUGUAGAGUACCAUUCAGAAGCAAUAAGACACUGUUCUGUGAAGCCAAGUACUUCCCCAAAAAAGUAUUUCUUUUGUGAGGAUGAGGUGUAUUCUCCUCCUUGCAUCGGAAGGUAUCAUUUUCUUGAAAAUAUUGAUGAGUUUCCCCGUUCAGUUUACUGCAGGCUGUUGAAAGAGUUUGCUCAGAAAUCUAAUUAUUAAUAAUAAAUAGACAUUCAGAAAUUCAACCAUUUUAUUUUAUUCAAACAGAAAAAGGAUUUGCCAAAAUCUAGACCAAUUUGGAAAUCACACUCCUUCAUUUCUUCUAAAAGCAAGAGGGAGUUAAUGAACGUGCACUUCCCUCCAAAUUUCCUUCUCAUGAAUUUCUUUCCGAGGAGUCCCUGUUGACUGUUUCUCCAGAUUUUCCCAGUCUUAAUAUUUCCGGGACAUUGUUAUCUUGGGGAAGUAGCUGGCUUCCAGAACCAACAAAACUACUUAUUAUAGGAGGUGCACAUAUGCGUCUCCAAUAUGGUUUUGAUUUCAUUAAAAAAGGAGAGACUCAUACACAUUCCACUCUAUGUUUGUAAUCUUGCAUGAGAGGUUUCAGGAGUCCUCCUCCUCUAGCUGUUCCUAGGGCACAUCCUUAGCAAGGUCAUAUGUAUAGGUCAAAGGUCACAUGUUGUCAAUGUGUUGUCUAAUAUGUAAGUGAUUAGUUGUUUCUUUUUGUGACACAUCUCAAAUAAAUCUCAAGAAACAGCUAUCCAGGGUUAAAGUGUAAAAUGGACAUGUGAAUUUGCAUCAAAGGAGACCGUGGAAUAUGAAGUGAAGACGAGCGCAGUUUUAUUCCGAGGCAAAGGCAGAAGAUGAUCAUCAUCUAGAGUGAAUGUGAGGACGUAUCGUCGAUCAGGCUGAUUUGGGAGAGAGGAGGAGAGAGAAUUU